AUGUCUCCUACAAUGUCCCCAACACCCAUCCUCCUCCUCAAAACAAAAUCCUCCCCCCACGAUGGCUACGACGACUUCUUCUCCGCACAAAACUACACCCCAACCUUCAUCCCAGUCCUCGAACACCGCUUCCUAAAACACAACCUCACCCAAGUCCGCGACCAAUUCAGCACCGGCGCAUUCACAUCCAACAACAAUGUCCCCACCCCCCCGAAAAUACGGCGGACUAAUCUUCACCAGCCAACGCGCAUACUCUUCAAUAUCCAAACAACCCCACCCCUAAUCCUGUACACCGUGGGCCCAGCAACAGCGCGAACCCUCACAACCCUGCGCGACAAACACCUCCCAAACGCCCUCAUCCACGGCGCCGACACAGGAACCGGAGAGAACCUCGCCCGUCUCAUCCUCUCACACUAUGAUUCCCUGUACCCGACUAACAAACCCGCACUCUUAUUUCUCGUCGGGGAAGUGCGGAGGGAUAUUAUCCCGAAAACACUAAUGGAUACGACCUUACCGGUGGAAAAGCGGGUUGGGGUUGAGGAGCUUGUUGUGUAUGAGACGGGUGUUAUGGAGUCUUUUGAAGGGGAUUUUGCAGAUGUCGUCGGGAGGUCGGCUGGGGAUGUUUGGGUUGUUGUUUUCUCGCCGACGGGGUGUGAGGCUAUGUUGAGGGUUCUUGGGUUAGGGCCUUUUGCUGGAACUGGAGACGGAACUGGAAAUGGAAAAGGAACUGGGAGGGUCUUUGUUGCUACUAUUGGACCUACGACGAGGGACCAUCUGCGUGAGAAGUUUGGGUUUGAGGCGCAUGUUUGUGCGCCUAAGCCUAGUCCUGAGGGUGUGCUUGAGGGUAUUGAGAAGUUUAGGAGUGGACUUUGA